GUACUGCAGUCAGCAAUAAGCGUUCUGUACGAUCAGUUCGAAUAUCGUAUUAAACACAACUGUGCCUAAUAUUAUUAGAAUAAUAACAACAACACAAUAAGUAUGGUCGGAACUCGUUCAUCGUUUUAUCUGUUCUGUACGAUCCUGAUUUGUUUUUCCAGUGGUAAAUACGAUUUUUUUUUGUUUUUUGUUUUUUUUUUAAACUUAUUACUAUUAUUAUAAUAAAUAGAGAAUAUUACUAUAUUAGCUAUACUAGCUGUACUCAGCUGGCAUUAUAAUAUUAUAUAUAUUUUUUUUACACAAGCUCAUACCGGCAUACCUACCUACCUACCUAAACAAUUUUUUUUAUCUCCACACGAAUUUGACUGCGUUAUUUUUGGUCAAUAUUAUUAUAUUAACGUUCAAUUUUUUGAGGCAAUAGUUAUAGAACACGCGUGUUCAAUGGUCGUCGUCAGUCGUUGCACAAUAUUAUCUCAAAUAUUAAUUAUUAUUAUUAUUUUGUUUUCGUGGGUUUUGUGUGCGUGUGUGUGAUAAAAUUUUUUUCUUUUUUUGUAUUAUUCGCCAUUUGAUUUUUGGUUUUAGAUUCAUUCGCGUUAAACAACACGCCCGGAAACGAACAGAAAGAGAACACCGUAAGUAACUUAAUAAUAAUGGGAGUUGUUCGAAACGCCGACGGUUAAAAUAUCGACCAGUCGAAUUGCCGGAAAGUACGAAAUGUCGACACCCGAAAAUGCCGGCAAGUAUGAAAUCCGUACGUUAAAAUGUCGACGACCAUAUGAAAUACCUACGGUCAGCGAAUCGGAUAGUACAAAAUGUCGACGGAUUGAGGACGCAGAUUAGGUUAGGCCGGUUAGGGUACAGAUACGUAGGAGUUAAACGGUCUUAUGACUAUUUCGGAGUUUUAUACGUGGGGCGCACGUACCAAUAGAUAAUGGCACGGCGUUAUGAACAUCUUGCAUUCAUUUUGUAACUGUCCGUUGUUAUUAUUACGUUCAAAUCGAAAUGCCUUCGAAACCGUCGACAUAUCGUACAUCCCGACAAGGACCAUUCGACCGCCGUGGUUUUGACCGGUGGACAUGUCGACCGUCGGCGUCGCGUACCAGAACCCGUAAUAAUAUGAUGUAAUGCCGUAACCUUUGUAUGAUAACCGUUUGGAAAACGCAAGAGUAAUAUCAUUUCCCGGCUACGUAGUUCGUUGUGUUGAUAUUUUUGGAAAGUCGUCACACGCGAACUGCAAAUAAUUGGUACCAUCGUUGCGCGUGUGAGUGUACCGCGGACGUGGCCACACUAUUUAAUAUAAUAACACCUAAAGAAUGUUAAAUAUGCGUACACGCGCAUUAACAUGUUUUGAUGUAUCCACACAUUAUCUGCAGCGCGUGUAAAUAAGGAUGACAACAACGGUCGUGGUUGUGCACGACGACGCGAGAAACCACAAAUGAGCGGACGAGGGUACUGUUAUAGGUGUAUACGUAUUUAUAUAUAUAUAUAUGUAUCUAAUAUUUGAUUUUUUUUUCCAUUUACAUUCCGGUGCUAACAAAAAACUUACUAUUCAUAAAACCGACGCAAUCGAAGAGUUUAAUAAAAUAAUGUUACUAUAAAAAAAAAAAAAAAAAAAAAAAAUAAUAAAUAAAUAAAUGAAAUCUAUUUUCAUUUAAACAGUUUUCCUUUGACGCGAUCCGCGGAGGCUGUGUUUUAAUAAUAUAUUUUUAAUUUUAUCACGAUCAAUGCAAAUUGAAUAAUAAUAAUAAUAAUAACAUGUAAAUUCGGUUUUAAUAAAACGCAGCAUGUAUAUAUUAUACUGUAUUGGUCUGAUAGUGAAAUAUGAUUAGCUAUUUUUUUUCUCCGAAAUGGAUAUUAUCGUCGAGAUUGUUAAAAGUAAAUUCAGCUUUUGAUAUAACAAAACAAACUUAAUUUAAAUUUAAAAAAUCCAAUUUAAAAAUUACCAUCGUAGAAUACGUCAUAUUAUACAUAAUUGAAUAAGAAAAAUGUAAAUCGAAAAUAUUUGAGUAGUGGAAAAUGACUUUACGCUGGUGCACCACAGUGUAAUAGGUAGUAGUUUGUAAAAAAGACUAAAUCAAAAAUGGCCGUGGAAAAAAAACCGGUUAAAAUGGCUAUAUAUCAAAGUGGUCAGAGAAAAAUAUGGUGAAAUACAAAAAUUGUAAGAUGAACAAAUUUUAAACAUUUUUUUUUUCGUAGCCAUUUUUUAUUUGACCAUUAUUACGAUUAAUAUUAUUUAUCAUUACCAUCAUUAAUUAUGUACAAAGCACCAUAAUUAAAUAUACAAUUUCGAUUAAAUUAAAUACUUCUCUUGUAGAUUAAAAACUCUCCAUGGACAAAACAUAUCUAAUCUUUUUCCUCGAGUCAUAUAGCUUUAUUUUCCUCAGGUCGUUUAUUCCUCUGUCCAUUUUUAUAUAUGGCUAUUUUAGCAUGACCGUUAUUACCUAGACUCGUAACAUGGCACUUUUUUUUUAAUAAAUAAUAUAAGCAUCGCAUGGAAAACGAAUAUUUAUAUAUAUAUACGUAUGUAUACUUAAGUGAUUAUAAUAACAUAUUAAUAACGGAGAUAAUGUCAAGUAAUAUCGUCUGAAUGCCUAACUCAAAAGCGAAUUCCAAUACGGUUAAUAAUUUACCCGUGUAUAUUAUUAAUACGUCUUAUAGUUAUAGCUAUAGGUAGCUAUAACAUAUACACUGCAGCUGCAGCUAAACACUGGAUUAAAAUGCAUUAAAUAUUUAGUUAUAACAGAGAUAACGUAAAACGUUCAACAUGGGAGCUGCAGGUAUUUAGGUAGUAUGUAGGUAAACUGUUAUUUAAAUAAAAAAUAACAAUAAUAAAAAUCAUAAAAUACAUAGGUACACAUGAUAAUAGUGAUAACUAAUAAACGUAUUAUACCCAACGGCUGCUGCAGCUGUAUUCAACAUAAUAUUUUUAUUGUACCAACGUCUAAAAAUGAUAAGGUCACAUUUGUUCAAUGAGAAUAACUUCCUACAGGCGGCCUGUACUUCGAUUUUGCAUAAUAUAACCAAAAACAACAAGAAGUUUUGUUUGUCAUAUUCUAAUUCAAAUAAUUAUACAGUUUAGAAAUAUAAUUUUCGAAAUCCUAAUCGAAUGUGACCUAGAAAAAGUUGCCAUCUUUUCAAUAAAUAAAUCGCAUGCCUCUCCGAGGCAGUAGAGUUAAUCCUGUAAACCAUGUUUUUGGACAAAAAGCAAGACGAAAAUAUGUCUCUGUAAUAUUAAAAGUUUAAAAAAAUUGGGUUUUCAACCGAUUUAUCGUUAUUUUUCAACGUCAAUUCAUAGUUUUUGAUUUCAAAUAUCAGAUCGGAUAUUGGUUUUAUGUUACCUUAACUACGAGGAAAUCUCAUCACUAAUAUCUGCAGAAGUAUAUCAGGUUACCGAACUUGCUCAGAAUCGUUUAUUGAUUGCAAUGAUUUAUCUUUAAUUAGCUAAUAUUAUAUUAUACAUUUUUUUUAUAUUUGCAAUUAGAUUACAAAAUAAUAUUACGAUGAAUUUAAUAAUAUUAUUCUUGACUCGAGUAUUUAUUUCUAUGUGCCUACCUAUAGUUUAAACAAUAUAAUAAACAUACAAGUGCUCGUAGAAGAUGAAUAUUUAAUCAUUUUUUAAUACUUUAAAUGUCAUUAUUUGUUUUUUUUCUGAUUAGAGAAUUAUUUCCAAGUAUUAUUAAUUAGUAUCCAUUAAUAAUGCAGGUAUUCCAUUUUUUUGCGAACAAAUACAUGUAGGUAUCGUAAAAUCGAAUGGAUUUAAUUAAAAAGCAUCGUAAAAAUAACUACCUAAACGAUAGGUACCGCCUACCUAAUUGUUUUUAAAGGCAGAACUGUGUAAUGAUGAUUGCCGAUUAGAUUAUACGAGAAUGACGUAAACAAAAUUUAAGUUUUAGAUGUCUGUCACCGAUGAGUCGAUAUUUGUUUUUAUUCUUUUUUUACUGUUAAUAAAUAUGUAUAUUACGCAUGCCAGUCAUAUGAAAUCAUAACUAAAUACCUAGUUAACAAAACAAAAAAGAAAAAAGAAAGAGUACUGAUACUGGGGACGAGUGCAGCCCAUUCCGAGGUGGGAAAUUGGGAAGGCAGGAUACAUAAAGUUAUUUAAUUUAUAUCUGUAUGCAAAGACAUCUGUAUGCAUUGUUAACGAAAAACGAUUUGGAGCGAAGUCUGGUUAGACUAUUUUCAGAUAUAUAAAAUGCCAUAAUUUUUACGAUUUUCGUCAAAAUUUGAACUUGAAAUGCUUAAGAAAAAAAAAAACUAAUGCAUUAAACUCAAAUUUGUUUUUAUACCACUAAGUACAUAAUUAAUAAUGCACCUUUUUUAAAAUGUUCAAGGAUUUCUCAUAAUUCAUAUAAUUUCAAUAACAGUUACCUACCAAAUAAAAGUGCAUAUAAAAACAUACAAAAAUACCUGUAAUGUAGGUAAAUAGCCUAAAAAUAGUUAGAAUGUUUUACUCCGCCUACAAAAGGCCAAUAAAGUAUUUUUUUUAGAAACUACAGGUCCCUAUAAUAAUUUUCAAACAAAUAACAACAAAAAAACCACAAAUGCCGUAGAGUUUGCCAUCUUUUCUGCGGUUUUUUUUUUUUCGGUUUUUCGUAAUUAUUAGAAAAACUAUACGGAAAAUAAAAUAACGAUUUUCUUGCUGACAAACUAGACAAAAUUUUUUUCAGAAAAUAUGCUAUUCUUGAAAUUUGGACAAAGAUUUCUAGUAGAAAAAUAUAAUCUUAAACAUUUUAAAUAACGAAAUCGUAGCGCCAUGAUUUGAAAAAAUCGUGUUUUUUGGUUUUUUCCAAUUAUUAUGAAAACUACAUUGGAUAUAAAAAAAAAAUGACUCUCUGUUACAGUGGUUGAAUAUCAAAUGGUUCAAAAUCAAUAUUUUGUCGUUUCUCGAUUGGAGCAUUAUUUCUGGUAGAAAACAUAGAGCACACAUCAUAGUAAAACCGAUAGGUCCCUCGCUACAACGAUCCGAAUCUAAAAAUAAUAAUAAUCAACGAAUAUUAGUGAGAAAAAUUCAAUACUCGUCAGUAGUUAAAAGUAGUUAAUACUCGAUUUCAUUUCAAUAGCGUUAACGUUUACCUACCAGUGGUAUAGCUGUUUUGUUGGGUUUUUAUUUCCUCAUUCCUCUCACAUCCGAUUACUAUAUGUUUGUUUUUCACUAUAAACUUAGUAUCGAUAAUGACGCGCUCGUAUAAAAUAACUGUUGUUAUUAAUAUUACUGACCGAAUGAUAUUUCGAUUUGAACAUUAAAAAAAAAAAAAAAAAUCUCCUAGUCAGGGGAGCAAUUGUUUUCUAUGAAUUUAAUAAUAUUAUAUAAUAUUACAAUAUAGUACGAGUUGUACUCAUGACGGAUACUCAAGCCAAUGUGUAUAAUGUAUAAUGCUAUACCUAUAAAUAUUGUGCUUUAUGAGUAUUUUGUUUAUACCCAACUACUUGUUGUUACAUUUUAUAAUGUAUAGGUAUUUAUUUUAUUCUAUGUGAGCCGUACAUGCAUUUUUCACAACAGUUUGUCUGAAGUGCAUAUUAAUAAUAUUAAAAUAUAUUAUUGUGCAUCGUUAAGUAAAAAUGGAGUUUUAUGUACAUUGUACAUACCUUUUAAACUUAUAAUACUAUAUGCACAUUAUACAUUUAUACAACGUGCCUCACGGUCUUAUCCGAAUGCUAAUAGGUCAAUAUUCAUUUUUUUUUUUUUUUCAAUUGGGUUUUGUGUCAGCGAGGACACAGAUGUAGAGAAAAAUUAUAUUUUAAUUUCAUCCCUCAAUCACUGAAAAAAAAUAACUUUAUUUUUUCACUUUUUAAAGUUUUCAAAAUAGCCAAUGUAUAAAAUAUAUAAUUCUAAAAACUUUACUGUAUCAUCAUAUCUUCAUAUCCGGUCAAUAGUUUCUAAUAACCGUUUUUAAUGUUUUUAAUGCCUCACUACUCACUCUCGACCCAAGCUUAAAAGUGGAAUAUAGUGUGGAAUAAAGUUGACGGAAAUAAAAAAUGGCAACACCAAAAUUAAUUUUAACUAAUACUCUGUCUAUUUAUGGGAUUUUCAAUAUAAAUCGCAGUUGGAAAAUCAAAUAUAGGUAGUGGUUUUAUCCCCAAAAAUAAGGGGGACAAAAAAUAACAUAAAUGUAAAUUUGUAGAGCUACUUGUUUCUUAAAUGUUCUACGAAAAAAAUUCUGAUAAAAGCUAAUAAUACUCUCCGAGAUAACGAGUGUACCCUCUUAUAUGGAUCACCUUGUACAUAUUAUAUACUGAUUUACUGAUGUGUGCAGAAACUGCAGUAAUUAUGGUAUUACUAUUAAUAAGUCUAAUAAAGUAAGAUUUCUGAUAGACAAGUUGUUCACUGAUAAAAAAAAAAGAAUAUAUACAUACAUCAUUGUAUAACCAAUACGUAUCUCGCUACCGCUCCGAAUCUAAAAUUCCAUAAAUAGACGAAAUAUUAGUUUAGAUACAUUUUACUGUUGGAAUUUAAUUUUUGAUUUCCAUCCACCCGUUGACGAGAUAUUCCACGUUUAAUUUGUGUAAUAAGUGUUUUAUCUUUGAAACCGAUUUAUAAAUGCCAUUGCGAUAUAUGAUGUAGAAUGUUUAACUCAAAUGUUUUAACCAAAUAUUGGUAAGAGAUAACGCUACGAUAUUUUAAUAUAAUUUAAAUAGAGUAUAUUUGUGCAAUAUAAUAUGAUAUUAAUUUUUGAAGAUUCGCGUUGAAAUUCUGUACAUCAAUUGAUAAUCGGUAUAGGCGAUCACUUGAAGAACAACUAUCGUUUUACCAAGAACAAUAAUAUACCUACAUAAUAUUAAAAAAAAAAAAAUACUACUAGUUUCAAUUCCGUGUAUCGUGGAAAUACAAUAGUAUUGUGCUAGACACAAUACAUACCUGAUAUAUAGGUACUUAAUCUGAAAAAUAUUAGGUUACCGCGGUAAAGACCUUAAAUUCGUAUCUAUUUUUGUUAUGAUUGUAUCAUAUGCAUUUCCAGAAUCAUCUUGGGACACUUUUUUUUCUUUUUCUUUUUUUUUAUCGUAUGGUAUUUUUUAAUAAGCAUUACAACUUAAUUCAAUAAAAUUAUUAACAAAUAAAACUUAAUUAGAAUAGAAUCUGGGGACACUGUGUUAUCCUAUAUAGUUAUACCUGUACUAUUUAAAUGUCACCGAAUCGGUAUUUACAUUGUCCCAAAAAGGUUUUUUUUUUUUUUUUAUAAUCCGUAGAACAUGUAAUUUUUAACAUUAUCAUAAUCUCAAACACACAUAUAAUAUACUUAUAUAUAUAUGUACAGUGUACAUUGUAUAUAUUAAACGAAUUUAAAGAAUAAUCACGUAAACAAAUAUUUCGUCACGUUUGCGCAGAUAUCAAUAGACUAUAAUUAGGUACAGAAAAUAGAAAUGACUAAUAUGAAAAAUGUUGAUACUUCUCAUGAGUAGAUUGUUGUAGGUGGGUAGUCUGGAAAGUGGAAUAUACAGUGUAAUUUAGUGUAUGUAUAAAUGCAUAAAAUAUCAUUGAAAACGACAAAAUAAUUCUGAACGGAGUUUUAGUAGUGUUUUAUGCCCCAUAACCCCUAGAAAUCAACGAAAAUAAAACAGAUGAAUCGGUAUUUUGUUGUUAGGUAUUUCAAAUUGCAUAGAAAAACUGUUGUCGAUUUGUUUUAGACAUUUUUAUAAUUUCAAAUAAAGUAUUACACCGGGCAAAAUAAUUGCGACUUUUAUAGCACGGUAAGAAUAAUUUGAAGCUCUCUUAUUAAUUAAAAAAAAAAAAUUAGUAAAAUGAUCUAAGUAGUAAACUGUUGAAAAUAUUGUAAAAUGUUUCAAUUAGAGUAUUGUCAAUCGAAAAAUCCGCAUCGUUUAAGAUUUACCAUGAGGAUUUUCACUAACCAAAUCAAGUUUUCCAAGGUAUACUUUAAUAAAGAAAUAAAAACAAUCUAUACAAAUUAGCAUAAUAGGUUUAUAUGAUGAAUAUACUAUAACAUACAUUUUUUAAUAAAGCAGCUCCAUAUUAUAGUGACUCUAAGCUGGUUAGUUAUAUUUUUAUUUGUUUUAUUUAAUAAGAAAACAUUAGAUGUUAUUUUACAAGACAACUCGACACCACUUUCUUUUUAACCUGCGAUUAGGAUUCCUUGGGAAUGUAAGCAUGGAAAUAUCAUUUAUGAGAGGACUAGGACGAGCUUGAAGUCGAAUAUGGAAGAGUGCGUCGAAUGUACGUGUUUUCUCCUCUAGUGUUCGCAUAUAAAGGUCAUUAUGAAGAGUCAAAUUAGAUAUAUAUGGCGAAGUAAAGUCUUCGGAAAGAUAUAUUUUGGAAUGAAAUUGUAAGAUAAAAAAUGUAUUUAAACUAAAAUUUUACCUAUUUAUGAAAUUAGCUUACUAUUUGAUCUUUAAAAGUGGGUAGUGGUUUCACCCCCCCCCCACUAAAAUAGGAUUAUAAAAAUAACAGGAAUGUAACAUUUUAGUGCAGCUUGUUUCUUAAAUGAUAUAAAAAGCAAGUUUCCAGAAAAAUGUAAUACUCUGAGAUAAUGAGUGUCUACAAAAUGUUGAUCACUCUGUAUAAUAUUUAUAAAGUUUAAUAUUAUCGUGUUUUUAUUUAGCGUGAAAUCAAAUCGACUGCGGGUCGUAGCAACGAUGACGCGGGACCGGACGAAUAUCCGUUCGAUGAGCCGUACUAUUCGUAUAAAACAAUACCGAUCAAGGUAGGUAAUAAUAUUAUGCAAAUCAGUUGAUAUAAAUAAAAACGAAUAUAAACUUACAAAAUAUAAAUGGGAAUUGUAAAAAAAAAAAACUAAACGUAUUGCUAUUUUUAGCUGGUUAAAAAUACACAAUUAAACCCGCCGAUUGCUUACAAAACGCCCAACGGGUACAGUUUGGUAUUGGAACCGAUCACUCGUUUUUGUAAAAACGUCAACGCGAGUGUGUUUGCGAAAUUUUCGACUCGAAAAUUCGAGAAUCACGUGUACAUCAACGUCGACGACGAUUUGACGGAUUUGUUACAGACCGGUGGCGCUAACUCGACUAUUGUCUACAAACUUAAGGUAGGUCAUUGUAGAAAGGCCAAGGCAUGAUUGAUCUUUUGAAUUCAGCUUGGCGGAUAGUUUUAAUCAUUCUGGUAAUUAUUCUAACAAAUACGCAGAAAAGUGAAAAAAAAAAAAAUCAUUUAUAAAGUUUGAAUUUACAACUGUCAUCGAAAGGUCCAUUCGAAUCAGCUCCAUUGGAGUGUUUGGUUCGAAAAUUCGGAUAAAAAUAUUUGAGCGGAGCUCGAAAAUCUCAGUUGGAUAAAAUAUUGUCCAAGAAAAAAAUGUCUGUGUAAAACAAUAAUAUCCUCUAGAUAUGUUUGUGUAUUGACUAGCUAUAGACCUUAAAAAAAAACGUGUUUAUAAUAUGAUUGUAAAAAAAUGUCGAAAUUACGAACAAAUAUACUUACUGGAAUAUUGUGAUUUUUCAAAAUUAUUAUAUUAACUAUAUUUGUUAUUUGCAGACAAUAAACGAUGUGGAUUCGAAUGUAAUCGGAGGCGAAACUAUUGUAAUCGUAACAAUUUUUCACGAUCUUCCCGUUCUAGGUAAAUAUUAUAAACAAUAUAAUACUUCUGUUGAGAUUUUAAAACAGUAAUACAAAUUUUAUUAAUUUUCAAUUGGCUCGUAGAUCAUGUGCUAGAAUUCGAAGAAUCGAAUUAUUCCAUAAAACUUUCAUACGGCCGAAAGGGCAAGGUGUACAGAUUUAAUGUUAUUGCGAAAACCGUAACGGCGACUGGGUUGAAUGAAAAAUACGACAACUCGGAUCUAUUGAACGAACUAUACACUUUUAAGGGAAAUUACUCUUUGGAAUACUUGCCCGGUAUUAUUAUUAUUAUUAUUUUCUCUGCGGUGUAAUUUCCACAAUUAUUAUACAUUCGUUAAUUUUUCAGACCAACUAUUGUCGAACUUGAGGAUCAGCAGAGACGGCGAUUUGGAAGUCAUCGGGAACAUUAUCGAAGGAUUCUAUAGUUUCGACGUCGUAGCAGUCGACUUUAGCCCCAAUCACAAAUCUUCUUCGGCCGUUUUGAAGACCAAAUCUAGAGUAUAUAAUACCUUCAUUCGUUUUGAACGGAGUCCCGUAUUAAUAUGAUUAACGUUAUUUGCAGGUCAAUUUGUUCGUUGACAGUGUAGCCGUGUGUAGUUCGGAAAAAUCAAAAUUCAUCAAAGCGUUCAGUAAACAUUACUUAACCGAAGAGACUAAAUUGCAAACAGCAAUUCCGGCUUCGGGAUCCGACCGCAACUGUACUUUUGCGAUAUCACAUCAAUAUCCGCUCGGCGGUAAGUACAUAGAAUACCUAAUAUCUUCUUCUCUUCUGGCCAUCAAUCUUUUGAUAGCUCUCCGUACUCCUCUGUCAAAACUCAUCUAACUAACUAACUAACUAACUCAUUCAACUCUCGACUUAACUUAACUUAACUUUUCACUACUACGUCUUUAGGGAUUGCCAUCUUUGAUCUUCCUUUAUAACCCCCGAUAAUCAACUUCUACCAUAACACAUAUUAUAGUAUGUGACCUGCAUAUGAAAUCACUCGAAUUUGUUUUAAAUGGUCACGGGAUGUUUUUUUUCCUUGGCUGGUCUGAAAAUGUAUUCGUUUGCUACUCGGUUACGCCGCGAAAUCACCCGACACUACGUUUAUUAAAAGCUCCUAGCUUUCUCUUUUCGGUUGUGCUCGCUGUCCAGGUUCCACACCCGUAUAAUGUCACACCCCAUGCCCUAGCAUACAGCAUACGUGUAUACAUGCGUUUAAUGCCACGGUAGCAAUAGUUUAGUAACCGUUCAAUAUUAAUAUCUUUUAAUAUCUAUUAAUAUCUUUAUGUUUAGCCGUUACUGCUAGGGGCGCAAAAUAUAAUAACCAUACUAUAAGUUAGUAAACGGUUUCCAAAGUGUUUAUUUUUUUUUUUUUUUACUCUCUAAAAGUGCCCGUAAAUUUUUCUCGAGCUUCUCGUGAAUAAUGCAUCGAAAAUAAAUUAACGGUCUGCCCGAUUUCCCGUACAUAAAUAAUACCUGCAGUCUAUACGCUUUCACACCCGUUUAAAUUAAAAACACUCGUAUAUGGUAGCGAUUUCAUAUUAAUAUAUAAAUAUAUAUUAUUAUGCGCGCACCACAGCAAUUUAAUAUUAAUUUAAAAUUACGAACGAUUAAAGAAUAAUAAUAAUAAUAAUAAAUCGAGUAUAAUAUAUAGGAGAUUAAAAAAAAAAAAAAAAAAAAAAAAAAACAAAAACAAAAAACAAAAAAACCAGUAUAUUAGUAAAAUUGAUAAAUAAACGAUAUAUAAGAGCGCGGACUCGUUUCAAAUAUUAUAAUAACAUUAUUUUUCAAUUCGUACGCAAUUUAACGAUGCGUUUAUUUUUUUUUUUUUUUAAUUUGUUGAUUAAUUUUAAAAAAACACACGUGGUAAAAAUAUUCCAUACGAUAAUAAUGGGUUACGCGGUUUUUCUUCAUGGUGCACACGGUCGUGUUUAUAAAAUUGUUAUGAUUUUCAAUACUAUAACGAUACGUCGAUAAUGAAAUUAGGCCAGUUUUUUGUUUCUUUCACAAGAUCGAACGUAUAAUUUAUGUUAUCCGUAUUGGUUUAUUGUUGUGGCCCACCGUUUUUUUUUUUAUCCCGAAAUCUUCUAUACAAUACGCAUAUUUUACAUGUACCUACACGUUCGAUUGUUAGAUUUUUCGUCAUUGAUGAAUUGUUCAUCUGUAAAAUAUUUUGUGUGCCUAUUAUACUAUCACAAUCAGCCGCUGUUUACGUGUAGUAUUAUUGAAAAUAAAAUCCGCUCGCGCCCGUCUACGUGUGCGGUUUAAAGUUCUUUAAAAGCCAGUCGUUCAACACGAGAUUUUUACGUCAAACUAUUAUUUUUUUUAUAUAUAUAUAUUUUUUUUUUGAAUCUCGAGUAUUUACACCUAUAAUAUGUUAUUAUACGGAUUACGAUUAUAAUGUCGCGUAGGUGUGGCGAUAUUUCAAAACUAAUAUAUUGAUAAUAUCAUUGUAGCGUUUGCAACGCGCUCACGGUCUAAAAAUAUCCUCGGGCGACCAUCACGAAAACUCGAAGUUAGAAAAAAAACAACCCAUUUCCCAAUCCUGGGAGUGUAACAAAGAAGCUACAUAAUAGUUUUUCAAAGAUGUAUUUUUUUUUUCUCGGAAAUCACCUUUACGGUUAGCAAACAUGCGUUGGUUUUUUCACGCCGUACCCCAAAAGAUGCGGAUUUAUUGUUUUAUAGUACUCCAUUUGAAAAAUAUCUCGAAAUUUCUAACGGUUUUUCCAGAAAAAAAAAAUCGCUUUUUAUGAAGACGCGUUUACGGUUAACAUAAAUGUUCCUAGUUUCAUGCAGUAUUAAUUUUAAAAUGUGCGAAAAUUCUGAUAGUGUUUUAUUCGAAAUAAUCAUUUAUCUACAUUUUUAACCUGACCCUCGGUUCUUUCUUUUGGUUUGUUUGAUUUUUGAUGAUUUCUAGUCAGUUAUCUUUAUUGGAAAUAAAGGGAACAAAACACGACUACAUAUUACUACUUGACCCAGAAUCGUUUUUCGUUUGCAAUAAUUUAUCGGUGCGUGUGUACAUUAUAAUAAUAUUAUAAAUUAAAUUGUUCGUGCAUAAUAAUAUAUAAUAUCUGUACGUUGCCAAACUACCCUGCACCUACGGCAGUGGCCUAAUAACAUUUUACUUCAAAAAAUUAAUCCGAUCGAAAAUCUCUUUUCUUUUCUUUUACUCAUUUUACAGUGUGACUCUCGAGUCGUGAGUCUCGCUGGCCAUUCCUGUUUGUGUUCGUAUUUUAAUUUAUAUACGCGCGUCAACUACGUCUAUCUAUUAAACGUACACCCGCAACGAUAAAAAUCAUAAAAUAAACCGAAAACAUUUCGUAAUUUUUUUUUUUAAGCCGAAAAAACAUAAUACAGUAAUAAUAACAUAAUGUUCUACAUGCCGUUUUAUCGUAAAAAAUAAACAUUCACGCGCCGGAAUCAUAUAAUGAUAAUAUUGUAUUAAACAGCGACGGUCACGAUUCCUAUGUUUCGCCGACGAUAUGUUUAUAUUAUUAAUAUAAACGAAACCGCCAUGAGAUUGCCGGUGUUUACGGCUAGUAAAAUAUUAUUGCAAAAUCACGUCACAUAACACACAAAGUGUUUAUUUAUACAAAUUUGCUUUCGAUUUCGCGUAAUAAACCUGUGUAGCAGCGGUGAUAAGUUUUUACAACAAUAGCGCGUGCGGUUCUGACGGCAUGUGUAUUGUACGCGAGAUUUUCUAUAAGUUUCGGCCCUCGGUAAAAAAAAAAUAAAAAAACCCAUAUUCGUGUCUUAUAAUGAACCAUAAUCCGUCGCCCAUAAAAAAAAAUAUUAACAUUACUAUACGUUAUUGAAAGCACCCGAAUGCGCUGAGUAUGUUAUCAAUUAAAGUAUGUUAAUUUCGUUCGAUUCGUAUACCGAAAUUUAUACUACCGUAUACGAUAAAAGAUAACAUCGUUUUCAAUAUUUAUCCGCGACUGUCGCACAUGCAGAGUUAACAUUUUUGCGAUUAGCUCAAAAUGUACGCUUCAGUAUCCGCCGGUUUUUCAGGAAAAAAAAAUCUCAUUUCAAAUUUUAAGUGUGUCCAGUUGAAAUAUUUCGCGUCGCCAUUCGUGCGAAACACACCAGUGGCAUGGCCGGAAGUGUUCAAUGGGAGGCGAUCGUAGCUGUGUCAUAGAUUAAUAAAUAACAAUCGAACCCGAAACGGUUCCUGGAAUUAAUGCCCGCUACAAACCAUUCCCGUCGGUUAGCAUUUCGACCAUCCCGGGAACAUUUCAUUUCGGUUUUUAAUCCGCACCCUUUACACCCUCCCUCUCUCUUGGGGGUCUUGGUUGUAAUAUUUUAAAAUCGACUCUGUAACUCGUGAAACGUGAAACGACCCGUCUUCAAUAACUCGGUACAUAGUCUGUAAGCGGGAUCGUUUGCUACGUUUCGGCGCGAUGUAUUCAGUUUUAAGGUUAAACUACUAAACAAACACGCGUGGUUGGCGUAUUUCUCGGCUAAUGGUGGGGAAGUAUAACCCCUAACCUCGUACACCGCUCACGCCAUUAAAACACACUGUGUAUCAAUGAAUAAAUUCAUGUGCAAUUUUAAUUCGAGGCGAUACACAAUAAAUUAUUAUUUGUUAAACGGUUUGUGUUAUAGAUUAUCUCGUUAUUAUUAGGACUGCGGUCGGUACGUUAUUUAUCGAUUGUAAUUAUAGAAUUAACGUAGUUGUGUACGUUUACGAUCGUUUUAUCGUUGUUAAAAUUCGAACAUACGAAUAUUAAUAUUAUUUAUUAGGUGUUACAACUUUACAAGGUCAGUUUCGUGCGGUUAUACGUUUACACAGUACGUAUGUAAAAUGUAUAUGUAUACGCAUCGGUAUAAAUUAUCUCGCUGAAUUAUCGGCCAAAAACUGGAAACACGUUUUCGUUGGUAUCCGGCGUGCAACUUUUUAGAUUCGGCCGGUAGAACGGAACGGAAUCGUAUUGUUCUCUCGCGACUGAUGUCGCGUUCUCGUGCCUGCAUUGUAAAUUAUAAUUCGUUCUAAAUGCGUUUAGCCCGUUUUGUUACGAGUGUACGCGCAAAAUGCGAGCAGCGCCGUUAACUUGUCUACGCGACACGGUAUUGGAUAUACUAAUGUAACGUGCACGUGUAAAGGCCUUUAGACAUUCCCGGGUGUACCGUACCAAACGCCUGCACAUAAUCGAAAAGCCGGCGGUGGCGGAAAGUCGCGCCGGAGUCUUGCGAGCAGCCGGCGAAAAUGAAAAAAAAAAAUGAUCACACAGUCAACCCUCGGGCAACCGAUCUCUAACCGCAGUUGCGUAAUCGCUAUGAUAUUUAUUUGGGUAGUGCAAAAGUAAUUUGCACUAACGUUAAUUAUCACCGUGACGGUUUCAAGGGGGACGCGAUCGGGAAACGUUUAUAAACGUUUACUUCAGGGUUUUUUUUUUUUUUUCGUAAAUCACGCGAUUUAACACUCGAUUCGUCGUGCCUCCACGUGAAACUUGUUUUGCCGUUGUUGAUUCGAUACGGAUUAUUAUUGUUAUUAAUGUACCUACAGAAGAGUCUGGCGUAUUGUUUAAUUUUGACACCUGAAAUUCCUUUUUUUCGGUAAUUCUAAAUUAAGAUGGACGAAAGUUACUCGGAGGAAAAAAAAAUUAUGUUAUAGUACAGUCACUAGUUACAAGUAACUUAAUUUUCUUCGUAAUAUUUUAAAGUGUAAUUCAAUUUAAAUAUUAUCCAAAACAAUUGCAUUAUUCAAACGGUGUUUAUAAUAUUACAAAUCAACGUUGAUUUGAAAUUUGCUCCGCGGUUCAAUUUACUUAAUAGUAGUAGUUGGCGUACACACAACCUCAAUACGUCGCUAUGUAACUGAUGAAUCAAUCGAAAAACAAAAGUAUGGUCAGCGCUGGCGCGGCCCGGGCCUGGACCCUCGGUAGUGUUUGUAUCCGGAGGCCGCUCAAGAACCACGAUUUAUGAAAUAAAUUGAUUUUAUUACCGGCGGUUUUUUGUGUAGAGAUUAAACAGACGUAGUAUUGUUUCAACUUUCAUUGAUUAUUUCCAACUGUGGUUGAACAGUAAAAUGCAAUAAUAUAUUAUUAAUCGAUUAUAAUAUCGUAUGAGCGAUUAAAUUUAUACACCGAUUAUAGAAAAUAAAUAUUACAUCGUUAUGUCUCUGGGAAACCGUUGUUAUUUUUUUAGAAAUACGAUCGACCAAUUAAACCGACUUUUGUCCCACGAUCGAUUUUCGUGGCCCUUUUAUGUUCCGUCUAUGGGGCCCGUGGUGUGCUACGACUAUAGUUUCGAGCGACUCGCGGAGAAAUAAUACGAUUUUAAAAGUUAUAGAGUCACACGCACGUUUGUGUAAUUGUUUCUUUGGUCUCGCGGGGAAAUCUAAUUUUGUAAAUUGGUAAGUACUAAGAGUAGCGUACCGACAAAAUUGCUAAAUGGGGCUUAACCUAAGUGGCAUUCUAAUAGUUACUUAAGUCCUGUAUAUUAUGUAAUUACAAGCAUAACUCAUUAUGCUUUUGUUUCCAAACAAAAAGUGCAUCGUAGUGACUUAAUAGGUAUUUCAAUUUUCAGUGUAAACAUAUUGGGUUGGACUACAACAAAAAAAAAAAAAAAACCACUUUUGUCAUUGAGACCGAAAAAACGAAGGGAAAAAAAUUACAUAAAGCAGUUAUAAAGGAAAUAAACGCCGAAAAUCGUAAGCACUUUUUCCCUAGGACCAAAGAUUUGUAUCCAUAUUUACAAUUAUGACCGGGAAGUGAUUCUUGGAUUGCGAUUGAUUGAAUUCUUGGCACGUGUAGUAUACAUGUUUUCCGAGCUAAAAAAAUCAAAAAAAAAAAAAAUAAACUAGACAGAUUCCUCGCCGAAAAAACAACACAUUAUUAUGUUCUCGUUUCAGUAAAAAUAAUUCAACAGCGCGGUAUUUUAACAAUCGAUGUUUUCGUUUUAAAUUCUAUUUUGAACGGUCCGAUUGGUUUGGCACAAAAAUGUUUUUGUCUAUACCGCAUAGCGGAGUGGCAGACUUGUUUAAACGUGUAUUUUUCCACUCUUAAAAAAUAACAGCCGCGUCCGUAUAGCUUUUAAUAGUUUCGAUAAGCUGUCCGUUUGUUCAUUCCAAAAUAAUCGAAUAAAAAUAACACUUCGUAACGAAUUCAAAUAUUGGGUAAUAAUAUGAUUAUAAUGAUGUUGUUUACUCGCAGAUUAAAAUAUUUUUUUUUUUUUCUCUUAUUGCGCGUCAACGUCGAAUGUUUUCGAGUACGCGAGGUUGUUAUUUUUAGGGACCAAGAGGACUUAUUGCUUCUGUUGUUUUUUUUUUUUUUUUGUUUUCUAUAAAUUAACACUCGACGUUACGAAUAUUUUCGUAAUCGCCGGUUUGUCGUUGGUAUGCAAUGUUAUAAUAACAUACAGCCUAAAGUGUACAGACACAAUACAAUGGCAAAUCCUCCUCUUUAGAUACCUACCGUUUAUUUUAUUAUUUUUUUUUUUCGCGAUUGUGUGAACUCGAUAAAUUCAAUUCGCAACUUGUUCGUGCGUCGCAAUGUAAUCUCGUUUUUCUACGAAGCUGGAUAUAGAUAAUACGGUUACGCCAAUCAAUUACAAAGUACGCAUAUAGAUACCCAAUAAUAUUAACUAAUAAUCCGAUUGGCCAAUUUAUUAAUAAUAAUAUAAACCCGGAUUAUUCGCACAUUUCGUCUGUUUUUAUCGGUGGCGAAUGCACGCGUGUGUCGGUCACCUUCGUUUUAUUAGCGUGAGUCGGCCCGCUUUCGCAUAUUUCUGCGCAUUUGUUUCCGGAUCAAAUGGAAAUUCCGUCAUCCCGACGGAAUAUUAUAGGAAAAAUAGACAACCGGAUUUCAUUUGUAUUGAUUUUCACGUUUUUACGUUUUCUACCAGAUAUCUCGGUUUAAUCGAAAAAUACCAAGAAACGGUUAUUUUGUUCAAUUUCGGCUUCAGCCGUUUAGUAAAUAAGUAAUUUUUCGAUUUUUCGUGCAUUUUCAUGAUAAUUGAGAAUAACAGGGGGGGGGGAAAAAAACGUAAAAUGAAAACUGACAAAUUUAAGGCGUAUGAUUUAAUAAUUUUAAAUUUUUACGAAUUAUGUUUUCUACCAGAAAUCUCGCUUCAAUCGAAAAAUAACAAGACCUUUUUUUAUUGGUCUUUUGAUACAGUUUCUAAGUUGUUCACUCAUUUGUUGAUAAGUGAAUCAUUUUUCUUAAUAAUUGAGCAAAACCGAGAAAAAACGUGAAGGCUUUUCGGAAAUAAAGGUUACAUUAUUUACAUUAUUUUGUUUUCUUGUUGUAAUUCAGUUGAAAAUAUUCGUAGAGACUUGAAAUUUCGCGUAUAAACUCAAAACAGUUUCGCGUUAUUCAUAUUGUCGCCGCGUUUUCACGAAGGAACGGGCCCUGGACGUUACUGAAAUUGUAACAUUACUAUGACCUGACCAAAGCACGCGAAGAACGGUAUCUAUCGGGCACCGUGACCGUGUGUCGCGUAGAACAGAUUUCGGUUCCCAUUUGAUCGGGUCGAAGGGGAAUGCAACGAAUACCGAAACGCCGACGUAAUGCGCACCCCCGAGAGGCGCCGAAGACAGGGGUUCGCAAAACGCGCCAUCUCGGGUUCUCAACCGCUGUGAAAAACGCAAAGUCGACAGGGUACGCCGACAGACCGGUCGCAACGUCCCGCCGACUACAGUGGCACGCCCGUCGGCAGUAUUAUCGGAUUAUUUUUUUUUUUUUUUUUUUUUUUUUUUUUUCGAAAAAACGUGUCUCUCGCGACCGAUCGUCGGUAGGUAUAAUACGCCUGUCGUCCGGUAUAUUACGAACUUAUCUAUCGGCUAUCGGCUAUUUUUGUUUUUUUUUUUUUUCGUUUUUACUCGCCCGUCACCGAGCCGGAAAUGACGGGUAAAAGUCGCAUGUAUGUUUCACACACACACACUCACGCAUCGGUUAUAACGUACGAGCGUGAGAUUGUUACGAACGACUCGCGUCGGACACCGCUACGUCCGGUCGAUAUUAAAUUAUAAUAACAUGUGUUCAUAAUACGCGCGGUGUCCGGCGCGCGCGACAUAACGAUUUGGCCGUUUGCAUUGCCCCGGGCGUUAGUGCGGGGAAAAAAAAAACCGAAAAAAAUAACGCGGAAAAAAAAAAAAAAAGGAAACCGGCGCGUUACGAUCGCGCGCGCACGUAACGCGCGCGAUACGCGUAUAAAAGCGCGCCGGUUAAUAUUUAAUGACAUUGCGCGGACGGCGGCGGUUUACGCAACGCGGAACAUCACCCGCAGAACGGUUUCCGACGUCGGGGCGGCGGCCGCGAGCGCGCGGCGUGGAAGUUGUACCCGCGCAGCCGGCGCGCGCGUUAAAAGUCCGCAGUGUUUCCGUUCCGGUUCCCGCCGUUUUUAUUCGUUCCGCCGUCCGCCCCGCCCGUCGUCCCGAAACCGCGUCUCGAAACCGUGCCGCGACGACGGCUAACGACGGCGUUUAUCGUAAACGCGUAAUCGCGAAAACAUUACGCGCGGGCGCCGCAAAAGCGCGAUUUAAAAGCGCCGCACGACGUUUCACCAAUUUACAUAAUGCGGACGUGCUCGUACGGCGUUGUUGCGAUACGUCGCAUGGCUAAAUAAUUACCUCCCCCCCCUCCGGCACCUCCCGGGCCCGGUCCUUUCGACGACUGAAAUCCGCAGGGGGAAAUUCGAUUUAACGGCUGCGCCCGCCUUUGUUCCCGCGUAACAUCAUUACGGCCGUUCGCCGUUAUGCCCGGUCGUUUAUGCUUUGAGAAGGGUACUCCCUCGCUCGCGACAGCCGAAUCAACUGUUCAUGCCCGUUUUUUGUUGCCGGGUCGACCCGUAAAUCGACGAACAAAAACAUUCAUUUUUCGUUCCGAAAACGCCGAAAACUCAUUGAGAGGGUUGAGCUUCGGGGUGAAAAGUACAAAACGGCCUUCCUCUCGUCUCGAACGUCAAGCGUGUGCGAUAUUUCAUCGGGAUAAAACUGUCGAUUCGUGUGUAGGAUAGGCGCACUUACAGACUCGCAGGAUUUACAUCUCAUCUUAUCUUUACAAAAAAAUUAUACUAUAAAAUCAAUGAUACUUCUACCUGUUGUAAGAGGCGACAAAAAGGAUUGUGUCUGGUCUGAAAGUCGGUGUAAAAACUGUGUAAAAUAGUUUAGGAAAUCCUAUACAAAGUCUGAGCGAAUUGCUCCGUCUUGGAUGUAUGCGAUAAUAAUAAUUGAAAAAAAAAAAGGAUGUGUAACAUUGAAUUAAAAUACGUAGUCGGACGAGAUGGAGAAAAGCGACGUUAGUGAGAAGAGUUUUACUUUUGUACGAUAAGAAAACUCGAAUGAGGUUUGAAAGCCUACAAGAGCUUAAAGUCCUACAACAGUGUGGCACGACCGACUAUGAUAUAUGGUUUGGAGUGUUGGACGGUAGACGGAAAAAUAGAACAGAGGAUAGGGAGUAUCGGAGAUGAAAAUGCUUAUAAGUGGAUCAUGGAUCAGUGAAGUGAUAAGAGAAGACAAUACGAGUGCAUAUGAAGUAGCCUAGACAAUAGAGAAAUAAGUGAAAAUAGACGAGUUUGGGCAUGUCACGGGGAGAGUAGAAUCAAAAGCAGUAAGAAUGGCAAUGAAAACAAACGUAGGGGGAAAGAGAGGAAAACGAAGACCGAAAAACAAAUGGUUGGACGCGUUAGGUAUUCCUCAUAAGUAUACAGAUUAUCUAUCUAUUACUAAGGGUUUCGAAACUUUCGUUUCGAAUUUUUCGCCGCUUCCCGUUGUUUGAGCAUUGUUUUUAGCAUUUUCUAACGGUAUCGUUUCGGUAAAAAGUAGUUUUUUUUUUUUCUCUGCCUAGUAUUUCGAAGGCAUUUAAAUAACGGGCGGUUAUAAGCGAUCGCGUUUUAUCGUUCUCGGAUUCGCGAUGCACGGUCUUUUCAAAAGACGCUCGGCGUUCGGCGACGGACGUUUCAAUUUGCGGCCGGUCCGGCACAGAGCCGGGCGGAAUAUUGUCGCCGGCGGUCGGGACGAACGUCGCCCGCGGCACAGUGCGAUGCGCGCCCCGACAACGUUAUUUAUUAUUAUUAUUGUAAUCGGUCGGGCACGGCGCGGAACACGCGCGCGGCCGUAAAAUACGAGCGCGCAGGCGACAGGCAAGUAAGUGGCCGGCGGGUACACGCGCAUCGGUUUCGAUACGCGAACGUCCGAACGGUCCGCGGCGCGCGCGGCCGGCGGCGUAGCUCGCGGCGAACGGGCGCGAACGCGAUACGUGUAAUUAUUGCGCGUCGUCCGUACGGUUUUUUUUUUUUUUCAAAAAAUUAAUUUUUUUUUUUGUUUUCGUUCUGUUCUCCGCGCACGGCGGCGGCGGCGGCGGUUUUCGACACGUCCGCCGCAGCGUCCCGCGUUGUCACCGCGGUAAUGAACGGUUUGGAUUUAUUUACCCGCGGAAAAUCGCGCGCGUUAUCGCCGUUUCGUAAUAAAUUUGUAAUAAAUUGUUUUUUAUUCUCUUCAAACAAUAAUAACAGUCCUGCGUCCCGCGACCGGCCCGCAAAACUAAUAUAUUAUGUUACCGACUCGCGUACCGUGUACGUUCACGCACGUUGUUGUUGACCGUUUGCUUUUUAUAACACGCGUCUGUCAAUACGUGGUGAUUAUCCCGCGCCGCUGAAAGUCGCACGGGGUAUUGAAACAUAAUUUUUUCGAAUUUCUCGUAGUUGCUCCCAUACGACGUGCGCUCCGUGCGUGUAUAUUAUGACGCGCGCCGACAGCGAAUUUAUUGUUUUAUAAUCGUUAUGAUGUAUUGGUUGUUGUUUUUAUUUUUCGUUGUUGUUUUAUCCAAACAGGUUUUUUUUUUUUUUUUUUUUACGAACGCGAAGAAAGUAAAAACACAAAACGUUUCGGAUUCGAUUGCGCUGCUAAAACGGCGGUCGUUUUAGGAUAGGUUAGCCGGUCUCGCGGCGCGGGAUUUCCCUCGUGUGCUUUUAUAGAUACGUCGCAUCCGGUCUCGGUGAACAAAUGUCGAACUCGAUUAGACGAGUGCGCGGGGUAUGUCGUAGUUGAUGAUUUCGGAAAUCGCGUAAAUCGCUUCAUCAAAACAUAUUUUUAUCUUCUCACCGUGGGUUUCGGCCUUCAACACCAGCCCUCCGAGCAAAUUUAUCGCCACCUUUCCUUAGCCUCUACCACUGCUCACUCGAUUGUCUAUUCGGUUCCGCCGAUUUUACAUCCUCGUCGACCUAGUAUUCCUACCGUGAACGUGGUCUGCCUAACCUUUACAUCACCAAUUUGGCAAUCUUCUUUAAUAACCGUUUUAAUAGGGGCGACCUCUUUUAUCCGAGCGCGACCAGCCCAAUUCUGGUCUUCUGUUCUUAAUUUCUAUUAUUCCGACGUUUCCUACAUUCUCCCGCGUCGGAGUUCGGCGUACGGCCCAUAGACUUAUCUUAGGACUUUUCGUCCGUGUACUGUUUUACCGUGUACUAGUGGAACUUCCAAUAUUGAGUAGGUCACACGCAAAUGGGAUCAGUUGCACUCUUUCCCCCGUCUUCUACAUACUAUAUCCAUCCCAUCGCCAUUUGCUCAUCUACUCCGCAUGCCUCCGUGUAUCAUCUUUUAAUAGCCUGUAGCUACUUUUUCAUUGUACUGUACUACGUCUCCUUCUCCGGCUUGCGUCCGCACUCGACUCGCAAAUCUACUCGACUAACCCAUCGUUUUCCCCGCGUUAACGUAUUCGUCGUCUAGAAUUAUUUAUCCGCGGCUCGUUUCGACUGUUAAGUAUUUACGUGCUCCGCAGUCACUAGUCGUCAUUCUACCAAAGAUGGCGUCCUAUGCGCAAUUGUUAUUUGUUUAUUUGCCUAUUAUCUUGCGACGAUCGCCGCCUGAUUUGUCGGACUGUUCACAGACGGAACCGAUUUCUUCAAGGUGGACCCGGCGACCGGGGCCGUGAACGUGAUCAACCCCGUGGACAGGGAGGCGUACUCGUUCGAAGACAUGGACGAACCGUCCGUGUACCUGAAACUGAAGGUCCACUGUCCGCCGCCCGACGAACCGACAGCCGUCCAGCCGCUGCACUUGGCCGACACGUACAACAUCGCCUACGACCCGACCGUCACGCUCGUACAGCUGGUCAUCGAGGACGCCAACGACAACCCGCCGGUGUUCCCGGACCGGCGCGUGGUGGUAGGAUAUCCCGGGCCGGACGUGGCCGACGCCGUCGCACCCAAACACGUCGCCCAGGUCAAGGUAAGCGCCGAUACGCCGCCGUCGACUUGUCACAAUAAUAUCGUAUUAAUAUAAACGCGCGUAUCGUUUUUUUUUUUUUUUCGGGGCGUAGACCGUUUGGGCGCGAAUCGGCCGAAAAUGUGCUGAAAGUUCGGGCAAAAGGUCACGACGUAACCGUUCGCGUGCGUACAUGUAACACGUGCGCACGUGUUCACUUACCAGAAAACAAUAGUUCUCGUUAUUUAUCAUCAAGGCUGCGACGCGAGCUAUUUUCUAUUAGGCUAUUCGUGUGCGUGUUUUCGGUAAGCAUGGGCGGAUUCGAUACCUCGAUAAUAAUUAAUCGAAUAUCGAAAUCGCGGUGAUUUUCGUUAUCUAAUUCGGUAUUUUAUUAUGUUAAAACAUUAUAAUAAGUGAGAUAAAGUCAUAACCGCGUGGCCAUUGGUUUAAAUUGAUUAGAUUGAACGAAUUCGUAUUUUUUUCCAGAUUCUAAGCGAAGCGAACAGUGUAUUGAUUCUACUACGAUGUGUGUUUUUUUGUAAUUGUAAACGACUUUUCCAUCAGAAAUUUUAUGCCGACCAACAACCUUGCAGAAACUUUCCUAUAGAAUCUAUGAUCUUGUUGAUGCAUUGAGGAGGUCAAUUUUCGAUUUUCCCAGUGACUCUCUUAGUAUAUUGGAAAAUUGUUGGUAUAAUUUUUAUCGGGUUUUCUUGGCAACAAGGGAAAAAUUACGACUAAUACGACUCUCAUAAGAAUUGUUUUUCGUUAGCAAUGAUCUAUCGUUAAAGCUUGCAGAUACAAAUUAAAUAACCAAAUUUAUAUUUCAUUCUUUCCAAUUUGUUCUCUACCGGCAUACCCAUCAGCUGCAGUAUUAACGUGUUUAUUUUAUAAUGCGUUUUCAUAAAUUAAUUUCUGAAUUACUAUAUAUUCUAAUCGAUGUUUAAUAACAACAGAUAUUAUUAAUGAAUAGCGAUUAAGGUUUUUUAUUUUGUUUUUUAGUUCUGAACAGAUAUACAGUAUCGAGAAUCGACUAUAGGUAUCGGGUAUAGGUUUUGAAUAUCAAAUUGUAAAUGUCUGGUAUCGCCUAUCUCCGAUUUUCAGUUUAGUUAUUUUAUUGCGUUUAAGAAAACCUGCACUCGCCGUACUAUUUAUAUCUGCACUGUUCGAAUAAUCCGUUUCCAGUGGCGGUAUUUCGGGCAGAAACAUAAAUGUACAGUAGCAACAACAACGAUUCUCAUUUUGCAUUUAGAAACAAUAGUAAAAAAUAAUAAAAUAAAUUAAAACAGAAUAACAUGGAAUUUUAAUUUGAUAAACGCAUUAAUAUAACUAAUUCAUAAUUGUAUAUUAAUAAUAAUUAUAGAAUUUUAGGUAAUUGGAUAUUUCUAAGGGGCAUGGGGGGCGAAGCCUCUCUUGGAUUGAUUUAUAUCACACGAUAACUUUUGCAUCUUAAUGAGUUUUUACCAAGUAAGUUUUGCUUGCGAUAAAUAACACUCGUAUAUUGUAUUUAUUUUAGUUGUAAAAGUCGCGUAUGACUAUUGAAAACGAUAUUAUAUUUUAAUCGUUAAAAUUUUGUGGGCGAGACGUAUAAAAAAUAAUUUGGGUAUAAUAAUAUAACAGCCACUCGCACAACUACUGACAUGUUAUUUUCUAAACGCGUCAAAUUCGAUAUCGUAUAUCUAUAAUAUCUACCCAUAGUCGUUACAGUCGACAGCUUGUCAAAUCGACGAAAUCUGUCGGUGUCCACCCAGUAAGUACACCUGUAACCAUACAAAUAUUAUUCUCGAAUGCGCAUUAUACACUGUACAAUAAAUACGUAUACGAGACGACCGGAUAACCGAGUGGAUGACCAAUUGAAAAUUUCGAACCAUUUACACACCAUCUAAACCACAAUAGUCAGUUAUCUAACUUCUUAAACUUCGCUUUGAUAUUACCUAUAUUAUUAUAAUAAUAUUACGACCGACGAGUGUGCCGAGAACUAUCUCUCGUAUUAAUUGAUUUUCCACGUUAAAACUGUUGACUUCAAGCCGUUUCAUUUCAUAACGAAUACCGCAAUUAUGUUUAAUUACUACUUAUAUAUGUAUACAGCAGACGUACCUGCCUGGCACUGGUAUGGAAUUUUGUUUUUCAUUGCGACAUCGGCCUUUAUAAGUAUAAGUGGACUGUUAUCAGACGGGGGUCAGUUGAAAAUAAUGUUUAAAAAAUUCGUUCUACAACUCCUACUGCAUUAUCGGAUCUCACCGAAAUAAUUUUAGUAAUAUUAUCAUAAAUUUCUUUCGAAUAAUUUUAUUUUGAUAGUUUUCCACGGAAUCCGGUUACUUUUCCCGAUCGGUUACACCUGCAACUUAAGAGUUCCGGACCGUUUUCUACAUGAUCUGUACCUGAAGUUCGGGGUUUAUUUAAACCCGUCGUGGGUUUUUGAAGACUAUAUUGGUCAUCUUAAUUGGACCAUUCAGAAAGCCAAGACGAAGGGAGAAAGAUAGAGCGAAGGAAAUUGUAAGAAGAGCAAAGCCAUGAGAGGGUCGGAAGAAAGUAUCUUUAGACAGGGAAAGCUGGAGGGUAAUCGUUUGGACGUUAUAUUAUGGACUUAAAGGUUUAAACCGAAUAUUCAAUAUAUUAUUCAUCGAACAGAAGAAGAUAACGGUUUUAGGUUUUCACCUCGAGACACUAUUAAUAAUACACCACUUCUUCGGGUCUAUGCAUCAGGUUUGGGUCAACAGCUGGAGUACAUGUAGGACUCGGGUUAAGUUUUAUAGUUGUUUAGUUGACACAGUUUACCAUUUGUUUUGUCUGCACGGUGUCUAGAAUAUCCCAUUUCGGACACAGGAUACGUUUAGUUUCCACGACGUAGACCGUACGCGCGGCUUGUGAGAGUUCAUCUAGCGUGAUGGUCGUUGGUCGGACGCAGGGCCGGAUUAAAAUCGCGGUAUAAACACGGUUGGGUCGGACAAUAUUAUACUGUACGGAUGUCCGUGUGACCGCGGACAAAAGUCGUGAGCGAAAAUUCUGCUAAACGACAACGACACUACACGGUACCUGUUAUUAAAAACCGCGUGUGAUACAAUGUUUUCGUAAAAUAUUCAAAUACGCCGUCCGUGAAAACCGGACGAGGUCGUCGCCGGUUAUAAUACGAUUCGGAAACGCGGUGCGCACGAUCGAGAGCGGGGUCUAGGUCGAGUGCGCGUUAAAUUAUGCGACACAAGUCUACUGCGGAUUCCGGACGUUGAAAACGACGUCGCCGUCGCGUAAUAUUACCGUCGUCGUCGUCGUCGUCCGGUAUUGUCUCCGGCGAAACGCCGAAAAGCAAAAAAAAAAAAAUCCGGCGUAUCGCCACGAACACGCGCGCGAGCCGGUGCGGUUGUUACACACGGCGGUUACAACUGGUAACCGUCGUUCAAGGCGAAACGGAGACGCCUUAAACGGACAUCGAUCGUACCGAAUUGUCGUUACUCUUGUUUAUAUCGCGCGCUUACACAACGAAUCGAUAUUAUAUUGUUACACGGUCGAAUAUUAUUAUUAUUAUUAUUAUUAUUGUGCAUACAUACCGGCGGUGCCACAGCGUCGCCGGCGGGACGAUUAUUUCGAGUUGUUUUGACCGCGGCGCGUCGGCCGCGCAGUAGGUGACCAACCGCGCGUCUGUAUUAUAAUCAAUGUAAUAAUUAUGUACGGCGCGGUUGUGGAUCACCGCCGCCCGGACCGCGUACGGGUUCCGAAUAAAGUUUCACCCGUAUUCGGGAUAUUUUCAAAAUACUUUUUUUUUUUUUUUUUCACUUCACAAGUAUACCGUGUUCCGGUCGGUUUUAAAAAAGCACCUUUUUUUUUUUACUCUCACCGGGGAAAGUUCAAAAGUCGAGAAGAGGUUAUUUAAAGGGGCGGGCAAUGGACACGCUGUGGACAUUCAUCGCGUAGAGAAACGAAGACCACCAGCGCCGGACCGACGGAAAUAAUACGAACAAUGGACGCAGUGGCUGUAAAAUGAUCCUGUCACGGAGAGAAAUAGAGAUGAUUUGUGCGGAGUAUUAUUAUUUACAAAAUAUAUAAGAAAAUAACGUCAUGGGGUCCGGGAUAUAUUCCCUCGCUUCCCUCCCCGUUUUACAGUCCCUGAAUGUACGCGACUAGUGAAUAUACGAUGUCACGUUGAUGUGCGACCCUGGCGGACCACGUCUUUUAAAUAUUAACGAUAACCGUCCACGUCUCGCGUGAGAGUUACUGUCCUCUAACGUCUCGGUCACUUCUGUCGCUUCGGCAAGUUCGUUUUGGUAAUCCGUUACUAACACGGCAACGGUGUUUCGGAUAUAGUUUCCGUAUAGCGAUAUGAAUAUUCGGCGUGUUUUCGAUAACCGAUCGAAAUCAAAUCGAACGGGAACAGUGUUAUUUAUUUUGAUAACAAAGAAAUAUCGCGUUUCCGAUAGCGAAAAAUAAAAAAGAAAGAAAAAAGGAUCUGGUGGCGGACUAUUGAAAACGUCGAUAAAUUCUUCAAAUAAAAUACCUCCGGAUGGAAAAUCCGCAUCUUUUAAAAAACCGUGUGAAGAAAUCGGAUAAUUUUCAGUGACCGAAAAAAGGUUUUCUGAGAAUAAUACAUAUAAUUUACAUUAUUGAAUUUAUUAUACAUUAUUUGUAAAACUUGAAACCUUGUCGUUAUACUCGCAAUGUAAACCGCCCCGCCCCCCCCCAUAAUUAGUUAUAAAAUAAGAUUGUGUUGUUCGCAUACCUAUAUAGUUGGUAAAAAUAUCGGCGAUUAGGGAGAGGAAUUGUCUUUCAAAUGGUGCAGUGCAAUCGGGAGAGACCGGUGAAAAAUAAAUCGCGAAAACGGUCUCGCGACAGUUCAUAUUCUUUAUUGCAGCCGCGUCAUUUUACAGCGUGUCGAAUUUCAUUUACGCGAGUUCUAAUCUUGUGUUUUUUUUUUUCCCCUUUCAAUCCCUGUUCAAUACCGCUUUACCGCGGUAAUCUUAUCUUCAAUAGAAAAAAUAAAAAAAUAAAACGACGCCGCGUUUUCACGAUAACUUUUGAACAACAUAUCGUAUUUUUACAAUACGAUAAGAAUAAUCGUUUAACAAGAAAAAGUUCGCUAAAAUAAUCGUUUUGUUUGAUUUUCAAUUAUCUGUUGGCCAUCGGCUAUUAUUUGUAUUAUUUAUUGUUAAUUUAACGAACUCGUAUCAAAAACAAAAUUCGCCUUUAUUACCAAUUAACACGUUUACAUAAUACACACUAUUAUAUAAUAUAGUGUAUCGGUGAUUAUAUUGAUUAACACGUACAGGUUCGUAAAUGAUGCUGAAACGAUGAAUUUGUUUUUUUUUUGUUUUUUUAAUAAUGCGUAAAACUUAAGAGAUCAUUAAGGUACAAUUCUUUCUGCGUUUUAGACUUCAAGUAUUCAUAUAAUGUGUUUUGUCCUCUCCCGGAACACGUUUACGGUUAAUAAAGAUAAUACGAUUUGUUCGGUACGCACACUAAAAUAUACAGAUUUUCCGCCCGGCGGAACUUUUUUUGAAAAACGUUCGGAGAUUCUCGACAUUUUUUUUUAAAAUAAUGACAACAAACGACGGUACAUCGGUUUUAUUUUUGUAAACGAUUUUCGCAGAAUUCCUGGGGAAAACGACACGACUAAAUGUGUACCUUUCCAGUUUACCGAGCUCCGCCCAUAAUCUUCGCUUAUAUCUUCUUCUAAAUCGUCGCUUUCAGUUUAUUGUACUCGUGUUUACUAAAUUACUCUAAUUAUCCAUUGAUCUUCCAGAUUUUUCACCAGGGACAUAUUUAGAGGGAGGGCAUUGGCACCGGGUGCGACAUCACAAAAUGGUGUCGUAAUAUUUUAAUAAAUCGUAAAAUACAGUUAUUUAAUUGUUUUUUCUAAUACGACCUAACCAAAAUUUUAAACUAGCUUAGGAAAAAAUUCAGUAGCUCGAAUCAUCAGUGUUGAAAACAAAUCUGUUUUAUAAACACGAAAAGGAAUAAAAGGAACUGGACGGUCCCGGUACGCAAAACGUGUAAAUACACGGCUGUGCUUUUCACCUUCAACAGAGAGUAGCCCACACGCGAGUACGAACUAUGUCGGCUUUUCAAUUUUUGUUUGUACACUCGAAAGUAUCGGUUUUUUCGUCCGCGUUAUAAAUCCGAUCUUGUAUAUGCACAAAAAAUAAAAUACAUACUUGAUAAUUAAUUGUAUAGUCGAUAUUGCAGUAAUUAACCUACAUUAUUAUUUUACUCGUUUAUAGUUUAAUCGUUACAAAUAAUAUUUUAAUAGGUAUAUGGUUCGUCACGUUUUACCGAUGACCUGCAAAAAAAAUAAAUAAUAGUUUUUACCGUUUAUGACUUAUCCGACAUACCGUGCCGUAUGUACAAGACGUAAAAAAAAAAAAAAACCCAUACAAAUAAUAUUUAUUUAAGUACGCAGUACCUAUACGUUUGUAUUUUAAAUUUAUUCAAUUUGAAAUUAAUUAAUUAUUGUGAUUAUGCGUGGGGUAUAAUUUACUGUCACAUCGUAAUUCUCACCUACAUUCGAUAUUAUUAUUGUUCCUAUACGCAAAUUGCUCUCGGGCCUUUUUUUUUUUUUUAACUUAUACUUACCUACUGAAAAACCCACUCGAAAACGUGAUCCGAUUGUGAUCGACUGAAAAACUGAUCUGUCCCGUCCGUGUUCUAUCUAUUAUUACGUAUUAACGAAAUUAUCGCAAUAGCUGCUGAUAUUAUAUCAAUAAAGAAUAAUAUUUUUUAUUAUUAUUACGAGUGCAACGUUUUUGUAUACAAAGAUCAAUUAUUAGGAAAAAAUGCAUUUUUUUUUUUCACGGCUUCUUUAGGAGAAUAAUGUAUUCUAAGUAUAUAUAAUACAUACAUAAUUCGCUUCGCGGAAAAAUAUACACUUAAAAAGUAAAGCUUUUAUUUUGCAUUUUUCAAGUGCAGUGAGGAAUGUAUCGGUGUUUUUUUUUUUUUUUUAUUGUGUCUGCGAAUGACUUUUCUACCCGAAAUCUUACUCGGGUUUUCGUGUGUAGCAUCUUUCCUGAAAGUAAAUUGUAUCUAGUUUAUGAUAGGAGAUACCUAAUUCCAAAUACUAUUAUCACGAGACACUUUUUUUUCGUAAUAUUUACAAGUAUCUAUCUACUGUUAUGAUAAUUAAUGUGGCGUAAAAAAAAAAAAAAAAAUGAAUGUAUAUUUUUUUGUUUGUUCCUUCUCCCAAAAAUUAGACUAAAAUAUUCAGAGUAUAUGAUGUAUACAGUAAACUAAAAUAUUAACUUACAAAUUUUAAAACUCGUUUACAGUGUUAAUUAUUUAAAAAUCUGUUGCUCAUAACAUAAAAAACAACAAAUACGUAACUUCUAUGUGAGAAUUACUAAAACAAAAUCUGAAAAAUAUGUGUAUUUCAACUAUGUAUUUUAUUUAAACAUAAUCAAAUACAUUCAUGUAAAUUCGCGCAAAAUCAUAUUACUCGUCGCCAUCAAAAUAUUAUGGUUCAGGAAACAUUCAUAUACAUUAUAUUAUUUUAUUUACGCGGUGAUAUUUUUAAAAGUCUCUCGAUAAUACAAUUCUAUUUAUUUUUUCUCAUCAAAGUUUUCUUAUAGAAUCCCUUUAAAAAAAAAAAAACCGUUCUGAAAGUUUUUUAAUCAUUAAACUUGUAUAUCCCUUUUUCCCAUUCAUUCUCUAGUUUUCAUUAUAAACGAUAAAUUGUUUGCCUAUAACAUGACCCUAAAAAGAACGAAUUGCGUAUGGACAUCGUGUUAACGACCUAUCGAAAGUUAUCGAAAUCUUCUAUACAUGGCAGAGCAGACUUUCGUCCGUAUCCAACAAAUAUUUUAUAUAUUCUCGUUUAUGGGAAAAAUGUUUUUUUUUUUUUUUUUUUUAAAUAACAUCUACAUAAUGUGUAUUAUAAUAUUGUAAUAUUGUUAGAUGUGAAAUAUUUUUUCGACCUUUUCACAUAGUUUAUAAUAUAAACACAUUUAAAUUUUCGAACGUGGACCGCGACAGUGAAAAAUGUGAGAAAACUGUUUAAGAGCGAAACGUGUAAGGUACAUGAUUAUGGACCGUCACGCGUCGAGUUAAAGAAUAAUUAAAAAUUAUGUAAUAAUAUUAUUUAAAACAAAAUAUAUUUUCAAUUUAUUUUUAUUAAUUUUAGAAUAUUGUUAACGGUUCAACCGAUACCGAAAUCUCGUAUUAUUAAUAUUAUAUCCUAUAGAUAGACAGAUUAUAAAUACCGGUCAAGUUAAUCGAUUAGCACAGGACGAUCAACAUAAUAUAAGACGCUCGUUAUCACGGAAAAUAUUUAUUUUUUCAAAAAGUUUAAGAAACACGCAGCUCUAAUAUAUUACAUUCUCGUUUUUUUUUUUUUUUUUUUUUGUUACCUUUAUUUUUGGAGAUAAAACUGCUACGAAAUGUUCAUUUUCAAAUAAAAAUUCAUAUUAAAAAUUCCAUAAAUAAGUGAGAUUACAAUUUAAAUAAAAUGACAUAUAUUUCCAGUAACCUGUUGAUGAGAUAUUGCACUUAUAAUUACGUCGUUUUGUGAGUAGAUGGAAAGUAGUGAAACGUCAUUUAAAUGGAGGAACGACGCGUGACGUUUGAAUAGUGCUCCACUACCCUUGCCAUAAAACGAAAACACCUAAUGUGGAAUAUUUUGUGAAUGGGUUGAAAGAAAUUAAAAACUCUACUGCCCAAAUUCAUUUAAACUAAAACUAAAUUCUUAAAUUAUCUAAAAAUUAAAUUUCGAAAAACUUUUCCGAGGUGAUGAGUGUCUAACGUUAUAUUAGCUACACUAUUACUGGGUUGCAUGAAAAUCAUUCCGUAAAUUUUAAACGAAAAAUUAAUAGCUCGUUAAAAUUUUAGUGGUUUGUUAAAUCGCUAAUGAGUUUCAUGAAAAUUGUACAAUUAUUCAAAGAAAAUAAAUAUAUAUUAUCUAUACUCUUAUAUUUUAACACCAGCGGCUGUCUGGAUGAUGAAUCAUAAUAAAUAGCCAUAGUGCAUUCAAUAAACAUUUUAAUAAUUGAAUUAACAAGUCGGCCCAUCAAUCGUUUUUUCAUUAUCAUUUUUUUGAAAACCAUAUUACCUAUGAUAUAAGGGAAAAUUAUUGUUACUGAUUAAUUAUAACACAUAUAUAUAAGUCAUUUAAAAUUUAAUGAGUCAAAAUCGGGUGAUUAACUAAUGGACCGUUAGGUCUAAACCUUAAUGGCCCGUUAAAAAUUAAAGAAUGUUUAUGCAACGAAAAAUUUUUAGCGAGUCAUUAAAACCGCUAAUGGUUAAAUCCUAAACAAUCGUUUAUGCAACCCGGCAUAUGAGUUAAGUAUUUUUUACUUACCGUAGAUUUCAACAUUUUAUAGAAAUAUUAUUAAUAAAAUAUAUUAAUACAAGCACGUGCAAAAAAAUAGUUCAUAUCUCUACCGUGUCUCUACCAUGUUCCGGAAAUCUGUUUUUUUUUUGGUUUUUGGCUUAUCAACUGUAGGAUCAAUUUUUUCUAAGAUUUACUAGAUUUCUAGUUUUCUUAUAUAGGUAAAUAUUAUGAUAACUUAGAUUUUUGAGCUUGGUGUUUCUUCACAAGUUUUAAAUUUCGAGAUGGGUACUGUUGCUCAGAUUUUUAUAUGCACAUCGUCACUUAUAUUUAAAUGAUUGUUCUAUUUAUUUUUUUAUUACGAACAGAUUUUUAAAUCUUUACUCACACAAUUGCGUUAUAGAAAAUACAAGAACGAAACGUAAGGUAUAUUGCUGUGUGUGCGAUUUUUCGGAUACUAAUUUUGUUUUUUUCUAUCAUUUCGGUGUACAAAAAAAAAAGAAAAAUCGAAAAAAUCUUUGGCAUCACGGAUCACAAAUUAUAUGCCAUGCCUACUGGCUAUGAGUUGAGAAUUACUUAUAAUUACUUAAAGACAAAUAUAUGUAUGUACAUGUUUAUGAGGUUACAUUAGUACGGCUUUCGGUUUGUUUUAGGCGACGGACAAAGACGCGGGAAAACAUGGGAAAAUCCAAUAUACGUUGAGAGGUGAUGACGCCAACGAUUUCGUCGUGAACCCAGAGACGGGGACCAUAUACUGUGCCCGGCCGAUGGACAAUUGCGUCGCGGAAAAAACAUUCCAAGUGGUGGCUAAGGACAAUGAUGGCAAACCCGAGGGAUCUGAGUCGACGAUGAACGUAACGGUGAGUCUUUUAAUAUUAAAAUCAUUAUUUUAAAUUAAUUUUCAUACUAUUUGGAGUACAAAUAUAACGAAAACUGGAAUAGAUGGAACUUUUUUUUAUUUUGAAUUUCCGGGACUAUAGAGUAAGUUAGAUUUUUUGCAAAAAAAAAAUCAUUGUUUUAUCGUUUAAAUGGGCCAGCCUUGAGGUUUUUUAAGUAAAAGUAUUUAAUUGAAUAUACUCGAAUACUUUUUAAGUAUUCGAAAUGUAGGUGAGAUUGAUAUUGCCGUCUAUUAGUUUGGCAGAGACAGUAAAUGUAGGUGAAAACGUCUCACACGCACGCGCUGUCUGCAUCUUACAAACACACGACAUAGUCAAUUUUUAUUCAACAGGGACAACUUUGUGUGGUUAGUUUAAAUAUUUAGAGCGAAUUGACUUAAGUAUAGUUAUCAAACAUAAAAAAAAGAACGUUGACUGUGGUUAUUUUGUUUAAGGUAUUUUAAUUUUUAAACGAGAUAUGAGUAAAUUAAUAUCGUAAUUUAAAUGUUGUAUAUUUUGCUUAAAUUUUAAAUAUCGAAAAACCAAAGCAUUUGCACGGAUAAUGUUGUUGUUAUUGUGUUUGAUUAUAUAGGGCAAUUCAUCUAAAUAUCAAAAAUAACAUCACAAAUUGUCCCCGCUGAAGUCGAAUAAUUUUUUAUGUCGUAUGUUUGUGUGACGGAGGAAUUAAAUGUGAACAGUAUUACGUCCUUUAAACAGAUUUGAGCGGAAAAGGAAAAUACGUGUUGUAAUUUCUUUUGCGCCUGUAAGAUAUAAAUAUCAAAUUCGGAAAAAUUACAAAGUUUUUGGUUAGUCUUGCCAGAAAAGUUUUGAAAACCAUUUGGCCGGUUUUAGGUUAAGCUGCUAAAGUACACAGAUGUCGUUCGGGUAAACGUGCCAUUCAGCACGACCGAAGACGAAGCGGCCGUGGAAUCGCAGCUGUCGGACAUAUCGGGGUUCAGAGUGAUGUCGCUGGUCGACAACGUGAUAAACACGUAUGCGGACGGUCGUUGGAGGACCGAGAGGACGAUGGUCGUGUACGCGGUCGACAAUUCGGACGGUUCUGUGAUUUCGGCGUCCGGGUUGGAGAGGUAAGUUAUGCCGCAGUAUUAUCGAUCUAUUAUUUAGUGGCUUCAACGCCGGAAAACCGGGUUUUAUACCGGACUUUUAUCUCAAGUGUUAUUGCAUAGGUUUAUCAGUGUCCAUAUCUAUCGUGUGUGGUUUUCGAUUCCAAGCGAAACAAACAAUGUACUGGUUUUACUAUGAUGCGUUAUUUUUUUUUUUUCGUGUCUGUAAACAACAGAAAUAUUUUCUGCCAGAAAUCUUGCUCCAAUCAAAUACUAUUAAAGGAACCUUCUUGUACGGCGUUUUGUAUCUAUAGUUGAUGCAUCGAGAAGGUCGUUUUUAAUUUUCUUCGGGUUCCUUAUGAAAGCUAUUAACCGGUAAUUUGUUUGUAUAAUUUUUGUUUAUUUCUGGUUUACCUUAAUAACGAAGAACGAAAUACGACUAAUAGUAGCUCUGAUCAGAAUCGUUUUUAGUCAACAAUCGUUAAUCGUUGUAUAUAGAUGUCGGAAAGAUCGUAAUAAAUUACUCUGUAUAUUUUGCCUUUUGAUUUCUCUAAUAAAACAACGAUGGGCUCAUCAUCGGUACUAGCCUUUUGAGUAUUAUUUUUUUGAGUUUUGCUUUACAUUUUUCACUCACAGUAAAUUGGAAGGAAACCCGAAAAUUUUGAAAAUCUCCCGUGUAUACCCGGAGGAUAAAUCGAAACGAGAUAUCGGUAGUACGGAUAACACCGGCAUCGUCAUUACGGCGGUGUACGUCGCACUGUUUUGUCUGAUGCUGUCCAUGGUCGCCCUGAGCCUGCUGUAUUUCGGAUACUUUAAGUGAGUAGACGCGAUACCAACAUUAUAUCGUAACUAUUUUUUUACGUUAAAAUAAUUAUAAACCAUCGCAUCGUCUAAUUGUUAUUGUUCUGUCGCAGGAACGGCCUUUACCUGUCGUGUAUAUCGAGCACGUCGACAACGCCGCUAAAAGACGAUAUGGAAAACAUGUAAACAUAAUAUUUUAUAAUAAAAACCCGAUAUAUUAUCAUAAUAUGGUGUGGUUUUAUUUUUUUUUUUUUUUUUUAAUAUUAGGUUUAUAAUUCGUUUGUUCAAACCAGUUUUAUUAACGAACGUAUAUUAUUAUUAUUCGCAGGAGUCAGAGCAACUGGAUCACGACUUUCAACAGGUCCAACCUGUCGUCCACCAGAGUGCGAUUCCCGGCGGGGUGAGUGCCACCAUUGUUUGGUAAAAUAUUAUGGUAUAGUCAAAAAUGUUAACUAGAUUUUCUUUUUUUUUUGCAUCACAGGAAAAUCAAUUCUUCUGCGUCCAGAUCGAAAGCCCCCGACAACACGGCUGCGACCGCCUCAUCCGUCGUUAUCGUGGAGAAUAGUCUGUACGAAGCCAUACCACCGAAGCGAGGAAAGGCCUGUGAUGACGAUCCCUCUGGCCGGACGACCAAACUCGAGUAAAAUGACGUAGUAUUAUAAAAGCCUAUGUAACAACUCAAAUGUUCUAAAAUCUAUUGGGUGCUCCAAGCGAUGAAAAAUUGUCUUUUUUUUGCAGUUCAAAAAUUAAAUUUGUUUUCAUUGGUCCGCAAGGCAUUUUUUAGUGAAAUUUUACUGCGAGUCCACUCAUUUUCCUUUGAGCAAAUUCACUCAAUCGUCCCCUUAAAUUUUAGAUAUUCUCCAGUUACCUUUCUACACACCAGUGAGAGUAUUUCGCGUAUAAAAUAUAAUACUUUGUUACAAAAUCUACUAAUUCAAUAGUUGUGUAAUAGAUAUUUAUUUUCUAGACUUCUAGUGGACACACAGUGAGCAAAAUCUAACUCUAUUUUACUCAGGCUUACUACUCUUUUGUCACACAAAAAACCGUAUUGAUCAUGUUCUGCCAAGCACGGCUCGCUCACAUCCCGGCCGCUCUUUUAUUAAAUUAUAAUAUACUAAUAACGGGAUCUCUACGGGAAAAAUUAUAUAAUAUACAAUAUUCCAUAUACUUCGGACCUUAUAUCUUACGGCCUAUUAUGUGUUUUAGCUGUAAACUGUGUUUCGAAGACGACCUGAUCAAAUUGGAAAAAAUGGAAGAGGUGUUCUCGCCGACUGACGACGACAAGUGUUUCAGCUACUAAUGUGUACAUUUCAAUAACAUUAUUAUGAUGUCGUUUUGCGCCAUUCCGUUGCCCGACCGUCCGCAUUGUUGUUCCGGUCAAAAACACUUUCCAUUUCCACCACGUUCAUAAUAUCGUCGUCGUUGGCUUGAAAGAAAAAAAAAACCCGUUUAUACCGGACCUCACAACAACAACAUCGAAAAUAUUAUUCUUUCGCCGGUUACAAUUUCGAACGGUCGUCGUCGUCGCCCACAUUUCAACCUCGAUAAGUCCUUGGUCCGCACCGACCGUAAUAAUAAUAAUGAUAAUAAUAUUAUGUUUACUCGGAAGCCCCGUUGCAAUUCGCUAUACUGGCCGUUGCGAGGAGUGGUAGUUUCUUUCCCUCCCCUCCCCGAACCCCCCGCCACUCCCGAGCGAUAUAUUAUUAUAAAUUAAAAAUAUUACGAACCGUUUUGCUAUUAUAACGAUUCGCCAAUUUCAAAAGCGAUCACCUUGUAACACAUUAUAAUAUUCAUUAUGAUGUCGUAUAUAUCGAUUUGGAAUUUAAUUAAGAUAAUAGCUUAUAAUACAUGCACACUGACGACAUCCAAUGUACCGUUUAUUGUGUGUGUGUGUGCACUAUGCAUAGAUCAAUUUUUAAUUACGAUUAAGUAUACCUAAGUAUUGUAAUAAUAAAAAAUACAGUUUCGACAUGUCGUGGAAAAAAAUUAUUCUGCCGCUCGUGGCUUUGGGGUCAAAACGUGCUCGGUCGUUUCCAUUGUUGUUUCUGUUAGAAAUUAAUCUAAAUUAAAAUCCCGGGCGCGCGGUUAUCAAAAAAAAUAAUAAUAAUAAUAAUAAUAAACGGAUGUGACACCCGUCAACGACGCGACGGUUACAUUUAUCGUACUGCGCGGGUUUUUUAAAUAAUCCGUUUUGGGAUUUGGCACGACAUCACACGCGACUUAUACAAAUAAAAUAACAAUCAUAAUUUCCAAAAAGGCAGUUGUUAUUUUCACGUCCUAUUUGUUUUAUUGUCCGUCCUUUUGAUUUAUCGAGUUUUAUUGACAUCGGAUUAAAAAAAUAUUUAUAAAUUAUUGAAUAGCGUAUAAAUUUGAAUUUUUAGGUAAAGCUUAAACUGCAUAGAGGAUAAUUUAUGAUCUCUGAUAAAAAAAAAAAAGAUCAACCAAUCGGUAAAAUGUAUGUUUUUUUUUUUUUUUAAUACAGGUACAUUUUUAAACUAUUGUAAAAUUUAGGUAAAGAUAAAUAGAGUUUCAAUAGAUAAAGAUAAUUAGAUUUUCAAAAAAAAAAAUUAUAAUAAUAAAAAAGUAGAUAUUACAUAGAUAAUAUUAUAAGCGUUAAAAAACUACAGACAAUUUGGAUUUGUAUUGCUAAUAACGUUAGUAUACCUUGGUUAUCAAUAUCAUUAAGAAUAUAUUGGUGUACUAUCAUAAUCAACAUUAUAAUCUAUCAUAAAAACAAUAAUGCAUAAAAUAAUAUCGGAGUGAAAAUAACCACUAAGUGUCGAAAAAUCGCUAUACAUACUCGCAUCAUAUUUUUGAAGAUAAAUUGCUAAAACGAAACCGAUUUUGACGCUGUUCGUAUAUAGUAUUGUGAUCCGCUAUAUAAUAUUUUCUGAUGAUUUUCUUCUGGGUGUUUAUUUUUUUCGUAUGCAAUAUGCUGGUCGUAUAUUAGAUGUAUGGACUUUAGCGACUUUUUCUGUAAAUAAUAUUAUAAUAAUCCUCAUGUCGAUCUCAAAAAUAUUACUCGUGGACUAUAUUAUUAUAUAGGUAGUGAAAAAAAACCGUUUCAAGUUCCAUAAGUAAAUUUAUUUCGAAAUGUACAUACAUAUAUAUUAGGAGUUUUAAGUACAAACUACGACCCCGCAUGUAAGAGACUAUAGGCACUUUUUUUUUUUUAAAUGUAUAUUAGAUUUCGAUAAUCUUUGAUAUUUAGAAUUUAAAUUUUUGCAUUUUAACAUUUUUAAGGAAGUCGCAAUUCUUCUAUUGUCGGUUUUAUUUUUUGCCCGAAUCCAACGAAAGUAUUUUUAUUUAUAUUUUGUAAUAAUUGUUUUUUACUCGGUCAGAAAAUAUGUAAUUUUUGUACGGUGUUCGCUAUAUAUGUAAAUAUAUUUUAUACAAUACGCAUGUGUAAUAUUAUUAUUAUUAUUAUUGUAAAUUUUGAAUUAUAAUAUAGUUGUUGAAUUGUUGAUUUAGCAUUUAAUUUUGAUAUUUUGAUGUACCUACCUAAACACGUGUUUUAGAUUUAGAAAGUCGUGUAAAUAUUAUCAUAUAGUCAAUAAGAUAAUAAUUGAUUGUGAAAUAUAUUGUGUGUGAUGAUAAUAAAUUAUAAGUGUAUUAAACACAAA